AUGAACCGGCAGCUAGUGAACAUUUUGACAACCUUGUUUGCAUUUUUCUUAGAGACAAACAACUUCAGGGCGGCUUUCUGCAAAGACCAUGACUCCAGGUCUGGAAAACAACCUUCGCAGACCCUAUCCCCUUCAGAUUUCUUGGACAAAUUAAUGGGAAGGACAUCAGGAUAUGAUGCAAGAAUCAGACCAAAUUUUAAAGGUCCUCCAGUAAACGUUACUUGCAAUAUUUUUAUCAACAGUUUUGGAUCAGUCACAGAAACCACCAUGGAUUACCGAGUGAACAUUUUUCUGAGACAACAGUGGAAUGAUUCACGUUUGGCAUAUAGCGAGUACCCUGAUGAUUCCCUGGACUUGGAUCCAUCGAUGCUGGAUUCCAUUUGGAAACCAGAUUUGUUCUUUGCCAAUGAGAAAGGUGCCAAUUUCCAUGAUGUUACCACUGACAACAAAUUGCUUCGGAUUUCAAAAAAUGGCAAAGUGCUUUACAGUAUCAGGCUCACUUUGACCUUAUCCUGUCCCAUGGACUUGAAGAAUUUUCCAAUGGAUGUCCAGACAUGUACAAUGCAGCUGGAGAGUUUUGGAUACACAAUGAAUGACCUAAUAUUUGAGUGGUUAAGUGAUGGUCCAGUACAAGUUGCUGAAGGAUUGACCCUUCCUCAGUUUAUUUUAAAAGAAGAGAAGGAACUCGGCUACUGCACAAAACACUACAACACUGGAAAGUUUACCUGUAUUGAGGUUAAGUUUCACUUGGAACGCCAGAUGGGAUAUUAUUUGAUCCAGAUGUACAUCCCCAGUCUCUUGAUAGUCAUUUUGUCCUGGGUCUCCUUUUGGAUAAACAUGGAUGCAGCCCCUGCCAGGGUCGCACUGGGCAUCACCACAGUUUUAACGAUGACCACCCAGAGUUCAGGUUCCAGGGCAUCUCUGCCAAAGGUCUCCUAUGUCAAAGCGAUUGACAUCUGGAUGGCAGUGUGCCUUCUGUUCGUGUUUGCCGCCUUACUGGAAUAUGCAGCAGUGAACUUUGUCUCCAGGCAACACAAGGAGUUCCUGCGGCUCAGAAGACGACAGAAGAGGCAGAAUAAGGAAGAAGAUGCUACUCGUGAAAGUCGUUUUAAUUUCAGCGGUUAUGGGAUGGGUCACUGCCUCCAAGUGAAGGAUGGAACAGCUGUCAAGACCACACCUGCCAACCCGGUCCCACAACCCCCAAAAGAUGCAGAUACCAUCAAGAAGAAGUUUGUGGACCGGGCAAAAAGAAUUGACACGAUAUCUCGAGCUGCCUUCCCAUUGGCCUUCCUCAUUUUCAACAUCUUUUACUGGAUCACAUACAAGAUCAUUCGGCAUGAAGAUGUCCACAAGAAAUAG